AUGGGAGAUAGUGACACAUUAGUGACAGAUCAAAUCAAAUCUCAAUUAAGAAGAUUAAUUUCAAAUCAAAAAUUCCCAUUUGAUUCAAAUCAUCUUAACAAUCAAAUCAAUCCUUAUAGCAAAGAGUCAAGUCCGAUUGGUUUGAUUAAUGGUCAAGGAGCUAUUUCUAUAGCUGAUUUUUUAUUAGCUUGUGAUGGUCUUCAUGCGGAUGGAUUAGGUAGAACAAUUGAUGCAGUUGAUUCAAGAGGUACAUUUAAACCACUACAACCACUACAAGAUACGGAUGUUGGAUUCUUGGAUCGUAUCAAAAACCGUCCGAAGUCUCAAUUCUUUGAAUUAAAGAAUUUGACGAACUAUGGUGAAAGUGAUUUCGAUCCGAAUGGAAAUAGACCAUUCAGCUAUUCUACAGUUUUACUUAUGAGUGGUCAAUUUGAAAAAGCUAUUCUUUUCCUUCAACAAACACAUAAUUAUCAACUUGAUGCUGUUCAUUUUGCUAUUGCUUUGGCUUAUUAUAGUUUACUUGGAAUGUCUGAUACGGUUCCAGCUUUAGAAGGACAUCCAAAUGUAUCAAUGCACAAUCCAAAAGGUGUAACAAUUUCUUUGACUGCUUCCAAAAAUAUUUUGGUCGUUGCUAAGAAUAUUUUGGAUCAUUAUGAUCGAACUUAUUCGAUUUCUUGUAAGAUUUCAAAAAAGAAUGGAGAUACUUAUUGUAGAUUAGAUUGA